AAGAUGGCCGCGUGAAGUAGUCGGAGUCAGACCUCUCCGCCUCCCUGCCGUGAUCUCUUCCUCUUUAGAUCCUUUUGACUAUGGAAGAACUGGAGGAAGAGAUGGACGGGGAGGGUAAGUAAUAUACCUGCCGUAGGUAGCUCGAGCACAUCCCAGGCGAACAUUCGUGCGUGAAAAGAGAAGAAAAUUCCCCACGUGUCGUGUUUAUAGUUUUCGGUGGGAGUGGUCCCUCCGCCUACUUGUCUUUGGAGUGGUGUGGCUGACUUGACAAAAAAAGAGAGAGAGAGAUCAUUUGUGAUUUUCCUCGACAUUCAGCAAAAAAAAGAAUAAAGGAAAGUGAACAACACUGACGAUCAAGAAGACAUUUUGGAUUUAACUAAAGUGUAUAUACCCUACUGCCUACUGUAGAGGAUUUAUGAACAUCACUUCAGCAAAGAAUAAAGCCAGAAGGGGCAAGCAAGCUAGGUCAUCUGUGGCAAUCAUCUGCACCGACUAACAAGGCGACAGCUCAGCCGACUAACAUUGUCAACGCAGAAGACUGGGACUGCUUUACCAGCAAACUCAAGCCCCUACACAAUGGUCCUUGAGUAUAUACGACCCAAAGAAGAAGAAGAAAAUUUUAUGCUGUAAGGUCGCCUCUCUGUUAAAACCUUGAUUAAAAACAAUUGAAACUGGGGCAAGGAUUAGUGCGAAGAGGAAAAUUUGCCUUCACGAUUUCAAGAUCUGAGUUUCUGUUGUAGUGAGAAAGUAAUUUAAUAUUCAGAGUUCGUAACGCAAACGGUUGCAUAUUCGUGAACACACAGCCGCCCAGUUAUUGGCUUAAAAGAAGUGAAUCGACCAUAAUAAAGUUUUUUUUUUUUUUUUUCAUUUCGACUUUGGUUUUCGUCUCAAGAUGUUCGAUGCACAAUGCCGCAGUCAUGUAUCCCUCUGUUGACACACGGAGUGAUUGGUGCCAUUACUUGACUCCCCGAGAAGCUCUGACGUCGAGUCUCGAGAACUAGUUCCUGAAAUACGUCGCUAGAUUCGCUUGUUUUGUAUGCUGGUGACUUUUUGCACGGGAACGGCAUCAUCGCUUUGUCUCUCUCUGUCACUGCUAUCGAGAAGUCAGUUAUUUUUGCGAUUUUGUGGAGCCUUUAUAUUUUUACCGACAAGUUCAUUUUGUAGGGGGAGACAGAAUUUAAAGGGGAAAUCGUAGGAAAAUUCCAUCUCCGCAUUCCUGAAAUACCAGAGGAAUUAAACAAAACACUGACUGGAAGAGGAAGAGACCACGUGUGAAGACCCAAGAAAAAAAAAAAAAGUUCGCAUACUCUUCCGAGCGUGACCUCAUCUGGCAAGGGACGCUGUCCUUUCCCAUAGCACCAAUAGCUCGGUCUAUGUGCCCAUGUGUUCGGCCGUUGGCACUCCUUGCCCGUGGCUCUUGGUGUUUUGGCACUCUUUCACACCUGUCGCAGUUUCCUGUCUGAGGUCGGCGGGGCCAGGCGACCUUUUUCUUGUCUGUACCGUUUGGGAACCGUAGCAGCGCGUCCCCCGUCUUCAUUAGCGGUGAAUGUGAACUACUCCAGUGUUCUGUGUUGUCGAGGAAAGGUCGUCAUCUGAAAAUUGUCAAGACUAGUACUGUCACGUGUCUGUGUUUGUUUGUGUCUAGUUAGGCGCUUGUUUAGACCCUGUUGCCAUCUGUACACGGAAGUGUCUGGUCUUGAAUGCCAGUGUAGCUGACGGGGGCUGUGUUUAGCUUUGUUACGAACAGUUUUGUUUGUUAAAGUUUCUUCUGGAAUUUGGAUGUUAGCUAAGUCGAGGCUGUGUGUCGAGUAGCAACGAAUGAACAUUGUUUGGAUGACUGUCUGUCCGAGAAGAUCCUGGGAUCGCUAGAAGGCCCAAGCGUUCCUCACGAGAUCCCCUUUUUUUUUUUUUUUGGGUCUGUUUGUAAUACUGACCAGGAACUUGGUGCGGAGAAGAGCCAGCAGUUUUAUGAAUGAAUUACAGAAAACUACCCAGGAAGUAGUGAUAACCCCGCAUUUUGUUUCCCCUCCUCUCAAGAAAGGAACAGAAUAAUAGACUGGAGGAAAUUCGAACGACCAGGAGACCUGAACCAGAGAGAAGGAACGAACACAGUAGGAGGAGGAGGAGGAGGAGGAGAGAGGUGUGUCUUCUUUCUCUCUCCCUCUCUCCCCUCUAGGAGAGAGAGAGAGGACCCGAGAGGCAAGGUGGUUAGGAGUCAGGACCACUCUUGACCUCUUCCGCCCAUGACCCAACCUGGUGCGACGUAUCUCUAUGUUCAGCGUGACCUUAGGCGUGGGUUCGAAGUCUGGUGGCUGCGGUCGAAGCAUCGUCGGCCUUCAAGCGGCGUGUGGGUUAGGGGGCGGAGCUGGGGAGGUCCUCAGCAUCGCCUCCCCCAAAAUCUCCUCCACAGCCGCAGCAAUGCUCUAUUACUCCCUCGACCCACAGUUCAGCGCCCUGAUCUUCUCCCUCUACGGGCGGCAUGAGAGGUUCACCCUUAUCCCUGACGCCCUGGCGUGCUACGCCCAUGGGGCCCACCAAACGUCGGAUAUUCUCGCCUACGCCCACACGGUCGGGCUGCAGCUCUACGCCCUCGGGGACCAUUACGCCUGUCUACUCACUCAAGUACGGGCGGGCAGUGUUAUUUUCCUAGUGGGCGUGGGGUCUCUGGUGUGCUGGAAACUUUGGGAGCACUGGAGGAAAGGCGGAUCCAGCGCAGCCACGCCCACGCCCACCAGCACACCCCCAUCCAGGCGCCCGCGAGGAAUCCUUGCGUCUCUCCUCGAAGAAGACCUCGUCCAGGACCUCGACGACAUCGAGGAUGAGGAUCCUGCCUUCAUUCACAUUUUGGACCAAGGUCGACGGUAUCUCCUGAGACUGGUCGUGGGGAGAUACUUUGGCCCUGACAGCCCUUGUAGUGAGGCCCCUUGCGAAGAUGUUUCCCUCGUCAGUAGUAUCGAUGUCAGCGAAGCCAGCGAAUUUCACGCCCGCGACUAUCUGGCGGAUGCUAGCAACUCCUACACUGCGGGAGAUGCUGUAAGUUGCCCUGCCUUGCCUUUGGGGUCUUCCUCUGAGAACAACAGUCUCCCUACUGAUGAGGACUCAGACGCAGAGCUCUUUGGCAGCAGCAAUCGAAUCGUCAAGAGAAAACACAAGGCAUCUGAAAUCCACAGGAAUCAGGUUCAAGGAACUCCAUCAAAGCAAUCUGCAGCCAAUUCUCCAGCUAUACAGAUGACAUCGUCCCACUCUAAUGGUGGAAGAAAGAUCAGAAAUGAUAAUAGGUGUGGCCAAGCAUACUCUUCUUCAGCCCCCACAACUAGUCAUCCGCUGCAGGAUGGUUGGUUGUCCUCAGAAUCUUCUCCUGUCCAUAGGUCAUCCUGUCCUCCUUGCCCAGCUCCAUGGAGAGACUUAACAAGACCUCAGGGUGAUGGAUCAGAGACACCUGAUUCUGAAGAUUUGGCUGAGAAAAAGAAACGACUUCAACGAAUAUCUCCUCCACGCCAUUCAGCAGGUGUUGAACAUGAAGAGAACUGGUAUAUUGAUAACAGAUAUGGAUAUAUAAGACUUCAGCCUGAAGGAGAGGAACGUCACAAUGCAGCAGUUUCCAGCACUUCACUUAGUGAUUUGAUGGAAAGGAUGAGACAGAGACACAGAGGAUCAAUCUCACGGGAUAAUUCUAUAGCUUCAAAUAUGUCUGAUGUUCUCCUGUCACCAGGAGGCUCAAGAAGAUUUGCUUUCAAAAGAGAGGAUUCUGUGUGUUCAAAUAUUUCUGAUUUUGCACCUUCCGAGUGCUCAGAAAUGUCUUUAGAUGUCUCACUGAAAGAAGAUUUUGGAUGCAAGACAUUCUCAUGCUUGAAUGACAUUGAACAUGAAUUGGAUGAUCUCAAAUCCUCUAUGUUGGAAAUGGAUGAAGAAGUCACAAAAUUCACAUCAAAGCCAAAUCCAUACAUGCUUAAAACAACAUUUUCAGAUUAUUCCGUUACAUCAGGAGAUUCACGACCAGGGUCAGCUCUGGACAUCAUAAAUAACCAUCGUUCUCGAGCUUCUUUAAAAGGACUUGUAGGCACAAAAGUUGGUACAUCAUCUGAGUCAGAGGUUAUUGAAGGUGCAGUAGUUAAUCCUUCACAGACAUCCAGUCAAGUAGUGUCUGGGUCAGAAGCAGAAGGAUCCUUUGAGUGGGACUCACCUCAGCAUGGAUGGUCAAGCAUGAAGUGUCCUCCCCUCUCAAAACUUCCAGAACAACCAUCUGAAGAUCCAGAAUCAUCACGUGCAUCAGUUCAGGAUGACAUGAUGCCUUCUUUAGAAUGGGAUAAUGACUGCCUUCAUCAGUAUGCCGAAGAAGAUACAGCUGCCACACACGAUGAUCCAAACGAUGAUGUCUUCCAUCCUAAUUCACAUGAUAGCUUUGCUGAACUAGAAGGAUAUGAAGAGUAUAAAGUAGUAUGUAGCAGACAACAGUUACUUCCUGACCACUCAUCCUUAGAACUAGAUCUUGAAGAAGAACUUUUGUGUCAAACUGGAUCCGUAACAGAGAACACUGACUUACGCACUGCUCCAAUGACUAUAUCAGUUGAUUCUGCUAUCCAUUCAGCCACAGGAUCUCGGUCCACUUCUUCCAGUCCUCUACCAUCUGGCCUGAAUCAAUCUUUUCUCAGCUCGUCAGGCCUGGCUAGCAGCUGCGAGAUCUCCCCAACAACCCCUGAUUCAGAAUCUGCUGGUUGGUCCAGUUGGGAUCGCCGAUUAGGGCCAGGGGAGUUUGGUAGCAAGGUCCGACGCUACUGGAGCUCAGAGGAGAGUGGGUAUAUGGAAGGGCUUGACACAUCUCUGGACACUUCUGUACUAGCACACCUUUCACCUGUGCACGAGAUCAAGGAAAAAGAAACUUCAGAAAGCAGCACCUCUACUCCUCAGCGUCGUAUUGAUAAUCAAAACAUCACACUAACUGAGGAUAACAUAAAAGAAAGUACUGAUAACAACCUUAACAAUAACCUUAUUAUGGGCAAUAAGUCCAGUAUUGUCAAUGAUAAUGAUCUUUCAAAUAGUACUGCAGCACUAACAACAAAAACAGUUAUGGCUAUUGGUCAGAAGGUUAAAAUCAUUGAGUAUGCUGAAACAGAAUGGCAUGGGAACACACCGAAGGCACAAAUCAUUAGACAGGGUUAUUCUGCUAUACCUGUUGAACUGAACUUGAAGCAUUUGCGAAGAGUGCGGGGAGACAAUUACUGUGGAAUUCGUGCAGCCCUGUAUCAAAUGCUAUCCCUUGGACUUCCAUUGCCUAAUGGUCAUGCAACACAUACUCGCUUAGCUACCGAGUUAAAACAGGGAUCAACUUGGCUACAAGACUGGACAUUUGGUCAUCGCCUUCAUUUUUCCAAAGAACAAAUCCUCAAUGGGUUUUGGGAAUGUUUAGAUUCCCUGGACAAUUUAGUUCUGAAUCUCAUGGGAGUUGAAAAUCGAGAGUGCGUCGUCCUUUCCCGUCUCAAUGGUGAUCCCACUUUAGACAUCAAAUUGUGUGAGGCUGUUAAGCUUCACAUGCUGGCUGCUGCAUUAGACUUGCACAUUGGAAAUAACAAUGGUGAUAAUGUUCCGCUCUUUGCAAUGAUCAUGUUUGCACGUCAUUCAUCAUUAACCCCAAGAGAUCUUCUGAAGAAUCACCUCAAUCCAGUUGGAGAUUCAGCUGGAUUAGAACAGGACCAACAUAAGAUUGAGAUGUUCUUAAUGGGACAUACUUUGGGAGUAACACUGCAAGUAGUUCGUCCAGCAAGCUAUGGCAAGGAUGAUUUCAUUUGUUACUACCCAGAUGCCAACAUUGGUGUUUGGCCAGAAGUGACUCUUGUGGCUGAAGAUGAUCGACACUACAAUGUUCUCGUCAAGUGAGAAGAAAGAAACUCAGAUUCUGUGAAGGGAAACAACUAGUCAGUGGUGCUGAAAAAUUUUUAUCAUUGACACUUCUAAGUAAUGCAUUUACUACAAAUGGUACUGCUAGUAUCAAAAAGAAGGCUGAUCUCAGAUUUGAUGUACUCCCUGCAAAGGUAGCUGGGCAGGAAACCAGUACCAAGAAUGAUAAAAAGGAACUAGCAUUGAAGAGCUGAAAAUUUAACUUGUACACAACUUUACUAUUAAUCAUUUUUAUCAGAGCACAACUUUGUGAACAGUAUUUUGGUUACUGUACUAUUUAUUGUUUUUUUUUUUUUUUUUUUUUUUUUCAAUUUUAUGCAUUUAAAUUGGGUUUACAAAAUGAACUGAGAGAUUGCUUUGUGAUUCAUUGAUGUUCUUAGUUUAUAUGCUGAUUUCUUAAUCAAUACUAUACCAUAGUAAAAACAAUAUAAUAAUCAGUUCUGAUACAAUCAAAAUAUACAUGAAUAUUUGUGGACAUAAAUUCAGAACGUUCAUUGUGGUUUACAGGACAAAUAUAUAUGCAAUAGUAAUGGGAAUGGUGCAGAUAUCCAUUCCAUUUUAGAGUGGUGCAUGCUGGAUCUGGACUCAGCUCGAGAGAAAUGCUGUAUGUAUAUUGCGUGUGAUUCAUGGGUGCAUGUAGGAUAUGAUGUAUAUAGUGUUUUUGUUAGCAUAUCUCAGUUUGUUUAGAAAUUGUGUAAAUAUAUAUUGUAUAUAACCAUUAUCUGUUGGAUAAUUGAAUAUGUAAAUUUAGGAAUAAUCUAAAUAGUUUUGGUUCAUUGAAUAUAAUUUGCCUGUAUUAUAUGCUAUGUAUCAUCAAACAAAAAGCAAGGUGUUGAUUUUCAUAAUAAUAGGCAAUAACCUUAUUUUAGAUGUUUAUAUAGAUGAUUCCAGCAGGAAAAAUAAUAAUGACAACACAAACUGCCAAUCAGCAGUAUCACAAAGGACUCGCCUUUUGAUUCUCAUCGUUUGACGUAUGCCUAUGUCUUACAUCUCUGGGAUUCUUUUCAAUAACCGGUUUGGUUAUUUGUAGCAUCAGAUGUUGAUUUGCAUGUAUAUAAGAAUGAACUGCUAAAGAAAGUGUAAUAAAUUUGCAUUUCAAAAUUUGAUGCUCAAAUGAUGGAAAUUGUUUCACAGAACUCUUUCAAAGCAUGUAGACCCAGAUGCUCAGUCUGGAUUUUGGUUAUGAUGCGUGGGCAGUACAAUAUGGUGGUUAAAACAAUAAUCGGUUGUCUUCCAUAUGUUUAAAGCAUCUAUUAUGUCUCAAGUCCACUGUGUUCAUAAUUCUGCACUCUUCCAUUAACUUUAUGUUAUAAACUGUUUCUACUAAACUAGCAUUACCUUCUGCUGAUUUAGUAUUGUAUUGUUAUUCACGUAUCAAAGCCUGUGUUUACAUGCUUAAUGGUAUUGGAACAUAGUAAUGGAGACUAUAACUAAAUGGAGAUCUGUGUCAGAUUUAGGAGUGCCAGUUGCUCUUGUAUCUUAAACCUCAUUCUAAUAUGAAUUUGCAGACCAAAGAAAUAGUGAUAGUAUGAAUGAUUUUAUUUUUAUUUUAGAUUAUGCAGCAUAACUAUAUUUGAACAAGUGUGAACCUAAUAAAGGAACAACAAACAUUAACUAACGUCACUGUUUGUAGCUUAAGGAAUUCUGUUCUGAUCAUUACAUUUGAGUCAUGGCAUUCCUAUUUCUACACAUGGUACCCACAAGUGCCAGGUCAUCAGAACAUUUUCAGACUAACUUAGUAACAGGUAUAACUUUUUAUCCAUAUGCAAAUUACAUUAGCCUUAAUAUUAAAUUACAGAAGAUCACAGACGAUAAAAUGAAAUUUGUAUUGUUUUUACUGUUCCAGAACAACCAGUUAAUUAGUGUAGCUAUACAGCAAAUACAGAACUACUGUACAGGUAUUUCAGGUAAACAUAGGUUAUUAAGAUACCUCAAGUGUCAAAUAUACGUAAUGUAUGAUCUAAAGCUUGUAUCAAGUAAUAAGUAACUCAAAACUGCAAACAUAAGACACAGUGAGUACUGCAGUGAAGUGGUGUACCCACUGGUACAGUCACUGAAAACCAACAAGCAUUUUUGUACUGUUCCAUUUUCUCAGUUUUUCAAAAGUAAUUUAUUAAUACACUUGCAUUAUAGUAUAAUAGAGAAAUUAAAUACAAUAACCCUUAUCUUUGUUACUGUGAAGCAUGUAGCAAUUCAAUAUUCAUGCACAAAUCACCAUCAACAUUGAGGCUUCUUGCCAUACAAAGUUUUGCUUUGUAUUUUGGUUGAAGAUGCACAGAUAAAGCACCGAUUUUUUACUAUGCACUAAAUCAGUUAAUUGGAUAUUUUGGGCAGGAGUGCUGGCUUUCCUGAUAUUUAUUUACUUUAUUUAUUACAGUACUAUUGUUUUACUUGUAUAAUUUGGAAAGUUCAGUUUCACUUCAUGCCCUUUAGUGUUUUUGUUGUGUCAUUUGCUGAAAUUUCUUCCAAUUCUAAGUAUUCUUUUCCUUUCACCACACUUUUUCAUAUAAGCACAAAAUACGCUUAUCAAAUUGUAUAUGCAAUAUGGCAUGCUCUGUAACUGUGCAAAGAAAUAGGGAAAGAUGGCCUGGCACCACAGUAUUUUGCUUUGAACUCCACUCAUUAGUAUGUUGCUGGAAAUUCUUAAUAAAAGGUUGCUUAUUAUUGAAUUUUUACUUUUACAUAUUGAUAAAGUUGCCCAGCAUUAUUUAAUGUUCAAAACAUUUUUCAACUCCAUAUAGUUUAUAAUUGUUCCUUGUAUUUUUGUACUACAGUUUAUAUAACAUACAAGUGCACCUUUGAUAUGAUGAGUACAUGUUUUUUGUUACAACAGUUGUAUCUGACCAUUAAUUAUAUCAUUCAGCUUUAUGAUGAAUUGGUAGUAUAGUGCAGUUUCAACCAGUGCAAUGAAAAUGCUGUUGAUGACUGCAUUUUAAAUCAAAAUUUUCUUUGCAUUUUUCUGAAAUUUUAAAGCGGCAAAAUUUAUUAUUAUACGUACUUUCAUAGCUAUAAUGCUGUAAGUACAUAAUCCUGAAAUAAAGUGAAAAAUUAAAUUAAUACAAAAAUACAAAAGGCAUAAAUCAUGAUGCAAGAGUGCACUUGAGUAUAUUUUUUUCCAGUGAUCAAAGUUCCAUCUUAUUACAGAUGAGCUAAUAGGCUGUUAAGAAUGUAACAUAAGAAAUGCAUUUAUACAAAUAUGAAAAUAUCAUGAGACAUUUUUUGUUGAGGUUUGCCUAUGCUGGAAUUCAAUGUGAUUAUAUAGUACAUCAAAAUGCAUUUUAUGGAUGAUUAUUUUCAUAAAAGUUUAUAUCUUCUUAAAUUGAUGGUGUAAACUGGAAUUGACUUGACUGUUGUUCUUCUUUAGGUUCAUUUUAUGUGUUACAAUGCAGCUGUGUCAGGUCUAAGUUAGGUUACGGCUCUGUAACGGGUUUUGCAGGAGUAGAACAAAGUGAGUUUAUUUUCCA